GAAAUAAAUGGGUUACGGCUCCAACUAAUGCUACCCUUCCCCAAUCCCCCCCCCCCAUCUCCCUCUCACCAACCACUCACCCACCCAUGUCUCCCUCUACCACCCCCACGCCUCCUCGUCCUCCACCCUCGAGAUGUCCAACAGCACCAGUAAGUGGGCCACGGCGCCCUUUGAAGAGCCACCGCUUCCACCAUGACCAAGAACCGGCAGGCCUUGCAUCGGGUCAACUCCCCCAUCAAGUCUCCGCGGCGGCACAACUCGUCACUGCGCAAGAAGGCCCUGGUGAGAAGGAUCAGUGGGGAGGUGCAGUUUGGGGCUGCCUCUAAGGCCAACCUGAAGGUGGUGGUGAGGGUGCGGCCACAGAACCAGCGAGAGGAAGACAAGGGAGCAAGAUGUGUGGUGGACGUAUUGGACAAGCACAUGCUGGUGUUUGACCCGAAAGAGGAGACUGGAGAUGGGUUCUUCUUUAAGGGAACCAAACAACGAUGUCGAGAUUUGAGCAAACGUCAACCCUUGGAGAAAAAGUUUGUGUUUGAGCAUGUAUUUGGGGACCAGGCAACCAAUGAAGAGCUUUAUGAGGUCACUGCACAUCCCCUCAUUGAUACUCUCCUCCAAGGAUACAACUGUUCAGUUUUUGCCUAUGGAGCCACGGGAGCAGGGAAGACCUACACCAUGCUGGGGCGGCCUGAAUGCCCUGGAAUCACCUCCCUCACCCUGCAGGAGCUAUACCAACAGCUUGAUGAACUCAAGGGUCAGAAACGAUGUGAAGUGGCUGUCUCGUAUCUUGAGGUUUACAAUGAGACGGUACGUGACCUCCUGGGCACCGGAAAGCCUUUGGCACUACAGGAAAUGGGCCAGCAAGUGAUGGUGCCUGGCCUCUCCCUUCACAAACCAAGCAAUGCUGAAGAGCUGCUCCAGAUGCUGGCCCAGGGAAACAGCAACCGAACACAGCAUGCCACUGAUGCUAAUGCCGAGUCCUCCCGUUCUCAUGCUGUGUUCCAGAUAUUUGUGCGUCAGCAGGACCUGGAGGCAAGUGCUAAGGCUACUGUUACCAUUUCCAAGUUGUCUAUGAUUGAUUUGGCUGGGUCUGAACGUGGGGCAGCCACAGGGUUCAGAGGAGUCAGGUUUAAGGAAGGUUCCAGCAUUAACAAGUCUCUUCUGGCCCUUGGUAACUGCAUCAAUGCUCUGGCGGACGGGCAGCGUCACAUCCCCUACCGAGACAGCAAGCUGACACGCCUCCUAAAAGAUUCCUUGGGGGGAAACUGCCGCAGCGUGAUGAUAGCUGCCAUAUCCCCAGCAUCCACCUCCUUUGAGGACACAUACAACACACUGCGUUAUGCUGAGCGUGCCAAGACUAUUAGAACCACAAUCAGAAAUAAUGUGAAAAAUGUUGACCAGCAUGUAUCUGACUACAUCAAGGUUGUGGCUGGCCUUAGGGAGGAGGUUACCAGCCUGCGGGAAAAGUUAAAAGAAUAUCAGGCAAUGGAAGAGGAGUGGAAGACUGAGCGUAGUGAGCUGAAGGCAGCUGCUCUCCAGCCAUUGGCUUCAACACCGGAGGUGGAAGUGGAAGGGGCUAAGGAGGAAAUUAUUUCUGAGGAGGAGAUCAGGGCACAGAAACAGUUGCAGGAUGUGAGUGCUGAACAAAAAGCACUCCGGCAGGAGCUGUUGCUGCUGGAGGCGUCAUACAAGGCUACAGAAUUAAAGCGUUGCCAUUGGGUUGCCCGGCUGGCCAGGGUACAAGUUGUUGCCUUUGCCUCAUCCAAGCUGGACAAGACGCUCAAGAAAUGUGAACGCACCAUCAAUGCCUUGGACAACAGACUCUCACAGACUUCCACAUGCAUUGAAACUCUCAAGAAGAAGGUUACUGCUAACCUCACUAAGAUGCAGGAGGCCCAAGAGGCCUUGAGCUACUUUGGGCCUGAGCCAGGCCACCUCUCCAAAGAUUCCCAGAGUCUAGUGGAAAGACAUGAGGCCAGUAUUGCCUUGCGAGACAGCCAUCAGCUCGGGGAGCACCUGCAAACCUUACUGCAGGAGGAUUUCAAGGAGCAGCACACGUCAGAGCAAUUGGUCCAUGUGCUUCUUGGUGUUGUGAGGGACCUCUACUUGCAGCAUUAUGAAAAGGAUCAGAAUUGUCCCAAGGCACGGAGUACCUUCCAGCACGUGGUGGAUGGCUUGGACGAAUGCAGGAUAGCAUGGGCCGACCAGCAGAGUGUGGCCAAGGAAGGGGAUGGCCAGGCACCUUCAAAUGGCCAGCCUGUAGGAACUCAGCUUAAUGCGGACCAUUUCACCAGCCUCCCCAGCCUCACCACAUCAGUCAUCUCCCCAACCAUCAUGAUUGAACCACACACUAGCUUCAGAAAAUCCAGUUUGAUGUCAAGUGUCAGUACAUCAAUUCUGCCACACCACCAACCACUAGGAAAUUCCUGGGCCUCUGUCACCAGCAGCACUUUGCAGCCCCAGCCACUCAGCCCCCCACCCAAGCCUGUACAGGACCAAAAGCCACAAAACACAGGGGAGGAGAGGAGUCUGAACACCACCACCACAGUACCCACUUCUCCAGUGCUCUCCUCUCAAGCAACUCAAAUGAUUAGAAAUAUGGAUGAGAAAAGUUCCAUUCUCACAGCCAAUGCAGCUGCAGGCUCAGGGUUACAGCAGGACAACCUCCUUACCUCUAACACUGCCACUGGUAACACCCCAUCCAAGCUUUUGAACACUACUUAUGAUAGUGUUCCUUAUGCUUCUCGGCUCUCCUCCAUCACCAUCCCCACCACCCCAAGUAGGACAGUGAGCACUGCUUCAUCUCCUUUCAUGCUCCAAUCUCUCACCAUGCCCAGUUCCCUGACCAGACCUCUCAACACCACCAUUGAUAUCCCCUCCACUGGUUCAUGUAUCACACCUAUUUCAGCUGACCCUUCCAACACCUGUAAUCUGCCCUCUAACACAAAACUCUCUGCUGCAUCAAGGGUGCUGAAUGCAACCAUUGAUGUACACUCACCCACAGUACUGUCCACCCACACCCCCAAACACCACCCAGCAUAUUCAACAAGUGGAAUUCUUAGCAUGGCACACAGUGAGACCAAGCUGCUCCAAAGGACUUCCAGUACCUCACAGCUAAGCCAUACAGACGCUCACCUUGCAACCUUGUCUCAAGUAGAUGCUGGGCCUGUUAUCAGUGCACUGCCUUCCUCCACCACCACCACCACCACCACGACCACCACAUCAGGUCCAGCUGUGGCCCGUCAACUCUUUUCAGGGGACAAGGCAGGACUGAAUGCAACCUUUAAUGUAUCCCAGGCUGAUGGCCCAGAGGACCUCAGUACCCGUCCUUCAUCUUCAGAUCAACUGAGGUCACCAGGUACUGUGGAUCUGAAGUCUGCAGCUACACGUUCCCCACUUGUACCAGUCACCAAUAGAUUCAGUCAUUCCAAUCUUCUAACCAUUCCAGAGAAGCAGCCCAUGAAGCCUCCAUUAAUUAAGGGGUUCCGAGGAAUAGGUAACAGAAGGGGAAUGACCCGCACACCACACAAGAGUCUGGCCCAGUCAUUCACCCCAAGGAAAGAAGCAGGGAUGAGGAGGAGUGUAAGCACCCCAUCCCUUGUAUCCCAGCAGGCUUCCAGCAAACACCUCUCAUCCACUACCAAGAAGUUGAAAGGACUUGGGGGAACUCUUCACCGCACAUCGAGUUUCCUGAAGGGCAAGAACAACCAAGAGAACAUGCCACCCCACCACACCAGACGACCCUCUGUAGGAGUGCCCCGGCCAGCCUCCCCUUCCAGCCACCCAAAGUCCCCAGGUCUACUCCACAAAGCAUGAGGUGUGGAGCUGUCCCUCUCACCCCACAUCCCGACCCAGGUGGACAAGGAAGUGGCAGCAAUAAGCCAUCACCUAGCUGUGGCAGGGUGGGGUGAGGGCGUGACAGCCAACAUAGCACCGUGGAGUGUGCAUGAGAGUGCUUGGUUUAACCGCACAUCCUGGCUCCAUUCACCUGCCUGGCUCCACCUUCCCUCAAGUGACAAGUCCUACCUAUGAAUCUUAAAUGUAUGCAUGUAUAAGAUUGUUGAUCUCUGUUAUAAAAAGAUAAUAAAGAUUUCUUAGAAAA